UAUUUUUUUUUAAUUUUUUUCUUCCAUAUGGAAGUUUUUUAAUCGAUAGAUUUUGUGAUUCUCUAAUUUUUUGUGGAGACAAGUCAGAAUGUCAUAAAUCGUUGAGAUGUGAUGGUUUCGGAAAAUUAAAUCUAAGAGAUUAUUAGUCUCCUCUUAUUCCUGACUCUUCUGCUCUGUUGAAACUCAAUUACCCAAUAAAAUUGCCGUAAUGAAAAUUAAUUAACAUUGUAGAACUUGUCGUACACCUUCAGAGGCUUUGUUGUGCCGGUAUUGACGCCCUUCACCGACGGAUUGGCUUUAAAUUUAUCGGUGAUACCGGGGUACGCGAAGUUCCUGGCUGAGAGGGGUAUCAAAGGAGUUUUAGGAUGAAUUAACUAUGAUAAGUCAACGGCACGAGUGGAGAGGGCAUGUCAAUGUCAGUCCCAGAGCGCAAGCAAGUGGCUGAGACCUGGGCGAAUGCUGCGAAAACGACAAAGCAGCAUCUUAUGAUUCAAGUGGGAGGCGCUCCCCUCCCUGACGUCGUCGAGCUCGCUAAACAUGCGGAGCAAAUCAAAGCAGACGCCAUACUCUGUUUACCGGAGCUGUACUUCAAGCCCACUAAUGCGGAGCAGUUAAUUAAUUACCUGAAAAUUGUGGGGGAGGCUGCGCCGGCCACUCCAUUACUCUAUUACCAUAUUCCUAUGUUUUCCGGUGUGGACAUCGACAUGGCGAAAUUUCUGGGAUCAAUUGGGAAUCGAAUCCCCUCGUUCGUUGGGAUCAAAUUCACGAGCACUAAUCUUGCCGAGGGAACUCAGGCUUUACAUGCUGAUGGAGAAAAAUUUGUUGUUUUUUUGGGAAGUGAUCAGAUUAUGUCAGCUGGAUGUGCAAUGGGACUCGAUUCCUUCAUCCCGACAAGCGUCAACAUAUUCCCCGAACGCGCGUUACAAAUUCUGACUGCUGCAAUGACCGGUGACGGUCUCAAAGCCAGAGAGGCCCAAGAAAAAUUGAAUAAAGCAGUCAUCGCGAUAUCGAAACAUGGUAAUUGGGUCGUCACCAUGAAGACAGCGAUGGCCCUCCUGACGCCAAUAAACCCCGGCCCAGUGCGUCCCCCAAUCCAGAGGCUCACCCAGGAAGCAGUCGACGCUAUGACGAAAGAAUUGCAAGCCCUUGGAUACUCCGUGAAGAACUAAUAAAAACAGCUGGACAGUUCCCUUUUUUUAUAAAUGAAUAUAGUAAUUGUUGGUAAUAAAUUAGCAAUUUGCAAAUUUUA